UUUGAUUGGAUGAUCGUUCAAAUUCAGGGUUUCGACAUCAAGCUCUGGUUCGAUUGUCAGCUGAGCAAGAUGAAGUCUCCAUCAAAAUAUCCUUCAUCCAUUCCAUCUUUCGUUCUCCGUUGUUUCUCAAGCCCCAAACAUCUCUGCUCUCAUCCCCAAUCACCAAAUCCGACGGCCGCCAUUUCACCUGAGAAAAUCACAUCAGAUUCGCACUCCACCACUAAACAACCCUUUUCAGAUUCCGAGAACCCACAUUUACCAUCAUCCUCGUCGGAAGAUACAAACUUGACCCAAACCCAUGUGAUAAACACACUCCUAUCCCACAAAAACGACGCCGUAUCGGCUUUGAAGUACUUCCGUUCCGUCAAAAAGAAGCGUGGUUUUGUCGAAAGUAUUGAUGCCGUCUGUGUUCUGCUUCACAUUUUGGUAGGUUGUUCGCAGACCCAUAAACAUGCCCAAUAUUUGCUUAACAAUAAAUUUGGUUCAUACCAUUCAGGGCCUGCUCCAUUUGUUUUCUUAGAUCACUUGGUUGAUAUCUCAAAAAGAUAUGAUUUUGAGUUGAAUUCGCGAGCUUUUAAUUACUUGUUAAACAGUUAUGUUAGAGUGAACAGAUUUGAUGAUGCAGUGGAUUGUUUUAAUGGGAUGCUUGAGCGUGAUAUAGUUCCCUGGAUUCCCUAUAUGAAUAUACUUUUAACAGCAUUGGUUAGGAGGAGUUUGAUUGAUAAAGCUAGGGAAUUGUAUGAUAAGAUGGUUUCCAUUGGAGUUAGAGGUGAUUGUUUUACUAUGUAUGCGAUGAUGCGUGCUUUUUUGAAAGAAGGGAAGCCUUGGGAAGCUGUGGAGUUUUUUAGGGAGGCAAAGGCUCAAGGGAUAGACCUUGAUGCUGCAGUUUAUAGUAUUGCUAUUCAUGUUGCUUGUCGAAAACCCGAUUUGAACAUGUGUAGAGAGUUAUUGAGGGAAAUGGAGGGUAGGGGAUGGGUUCCUUCUGAGAGUUCAUAUACAACUGUCAUUGGGGCUUUCGUAAAACAGGGAAAUUUGGCAGAGGCAUUGAGGCUCAAGGACGAGAUGUUGAGUUCUGGGAAGUCGUUGAAUUUGGUGGUGGCAACUAGUUUAAUGAAGGGAUAUUGCAAGCAAGGUGAUAUUGAUCAGGCUUUGGAUUUGUUCAAUAAGAUUAAGGAUGACGGACUUGCUCCUAACAAGGUUACCUAUACGGUUUUGAUUGAAGGGUGUUGUAGGAAUAUGUUUGUUAAAAAGGCAUAUGAGCUUUAUGAAGAAAUGAAAAUCAUGGGUAUUCGACCUACUGUUUUUAAUGUGAAUUCCUUGAUUCGUGGGUUCUUAGAAGCUUGCUCACUGAAUGAGGCAUCUAGUUUGUUUGAUGAGUCUAUUGAGUCUGGCAUUGCCAAUGUUUUUACAUACAAUAUUUUCCUAUUCCAUUUCUCAAAGGAUGGCAAAGUGAAAGAAGCUUGCAGUUUAUGGAAGAGAAUGGUGGCUAAUGGUCUUGUACCUAGUAGUGUUUCUUAUAAUAACAUGAUACUUGCCUACUGUAAAGCAGGGAACACGGAUAUGGCACAUACUAUAUUUUCAGAGAUGGUUGAACAGCGCUUUAAACCUAAUGCCAUCACAUAUUCUUUAUUAAUUGAUGGGCAUUUCAGAAACGGUGAUGCUGAACGGGCCUUAGAUGUGUUCGAUGAAAUGAUGAGUUUGCAGAUUGCCCCCUCGGACUUCACAUUCAACAUAAUCAUUAAUGGUUUGAGCAUAGUUGGUCGUACAUGUGAAGCUAGGGAUAUGUUGAAGAUGUUUGUCCAAAAGGGUUUCACCCCUAUAUGUUUAACAUACAAUAGCAUUAUUAAUGGAUUUGUUAAAGAGGGUGCCCUGGACUCUGCAUUUGGAGUUUAUAGAGAAAUGUGUGAAAGUGAAGUUUCUCCUAAUGUUGUCACAUAUACCACCUUGGUGAAUGGAUUUUGCAAAAUUGAUAACAUGGAUCUUGCUUUGAAAAUGCAUUAUGAGAUGAAAAGCAAGGGUCUUCAAUUGGAUGUUCCUGCAUUCAGUGCCCUCAUUGAUGGGUUUUGCAAGAAGCGAGACAUGGUCAAAGCAUGUGAGGUUUUUUUCGAACUCCAACAACUUGGGUUAUCUCCGAAUAAAAUCGUUUACAGCAGCAUGAUUAGUGGGUUUAGGAAUGUAAAUAAUAUGGAAGCAGCUAUUGACUUGCACAAGAAAAUGAUAAACGAGGGUAUUCCUUGUGAUUUACAUAUUUACACUACAUUAAUUGAUGGAUAUUUGAGAGAGAGUAAAUUACUCCUUGCUUCCGAGCUGUACUCAGAGAUGCUUGCCAAGGGUAUUGUGCCUGAUAUAGUCACAUAUACUGUUCUGUUGAACGGUCUUUGUAAUAAAGGACAGCUUGAGAAUGCUAACAAGAUUUUGGAAGAGAUGGAUAGAGAGGGCAUUGCUCCUAAUGUUCUUAUAUAUAAUGCUUUGAUUGCUGGACACUUUAGAGAAGGAAAUCUAGAAGAGGCUUUGAGAUUGCAUAAUGAAAUGCUUGAUAGAGGUAUUGUACCUGAUGACAAAACUUAUGAUAUACUUGUAAAUAGAAAAGCCAAGGGUGAAAAUCCGUCUACCGGAGUUUCUUGUGCAUAAAUAGCCAACAAAUUUUUACUUUUGAAGUGUUCCAUAUUUCAAAUGAUCUCGAAGAGUGAUGAAAAAAAGCGUACAGGGAAUUCGAUGCUUCAAUUACGCUCGUGCAUGGCCGCAUCGAUCUCCCAGGUUGUCUUAGGGUCAUGUGGGAUCUAUACCAUAAGCUGCAAUCUUCCAAUGACAUGAUGUCAUCCUGGAUAGAUGAUGUAGUUCAGCUAGAAACGCUGCAUCCAUCGACUAAUUGUUUAAGCAAAGAUAUGAUCUGAAUUCUCAGGGCAAGGAAAAAGAUUGAGCUGCAGUGCAUUGUGAGCUUAUAUUCCCUCAACAUUAACCCCUUCUUUAAACUCAUUAAAACUUUGAUUUUAAUGUUGAAAGUUUCUCU